AUGAAGAUAGUAGAUAUAUUAGUUGUUUGUUUUUUUAUUUUAUCAAUAUAUUCGACAAUAGUUGACAGUCAGCUUCCUCUCAAUUCAGAUGAUUUAGUUUCCAUUCGUUGGAUCGCCCAACAAUUUUCUAUACCUUGGGAUAUGAAUGCAACUGAUUGUAAUAGUAUUCAAAAAUCAAUAAACAAACCAAGAAAUUUAGGUUUUAUUUGUAGCAACGACACUCUGAAUACAAAACAAUAUGUUUCAACUUUAGAUAUAAAUAUAGACUACACUGCUGUAGACAAUGGUUUUCCAAAUUCUUCGAUUACUCAAUUGAUUUUCCCAAAGAUCGCUGGAAUAAAUAUUAUUCAAAAGAAAUUAUUAAAAGAUCCUUCACUCAACAUUUUGAAACUCUUGGAUAAUUCAAAUCAAGCUAUUAAUUCUAUAAGUGCUCUAUUGAGAUGUAAUAUUUCCAAUGAUGUCCCAAAUAAAGUGUUGAUCUCACCAACAAAUUCCAUAUAUCUCACAACAACAAAUCCUCCCCUUGUAGUGGAUUUAAAAGUACCUAAAAACUACACGUUAAGAACUCUGCUUGCUGAUUUCACAACUUAUAGUACCUACACCUUUGAUGAAAGUUUCUUUCCAAGUUUAGUCUCCAUAGGUUUACCUACAAUCUAUAGAAAUGCGGUCUUUUAUCUAAAGACAAGAGUUUUAACAAAUUUUGGAAUUUCUGAUCCUAUACAAAAUGGAACAGUGUAUAUAGAUAGUACUUGUACAUCAUUACAACAGCUAUCAAUUACAAAUCAAACAGUAUAUCCAUUAGAUUUAUCAGCGCUUCCAGUGUCAUCGUUUACCUCUAGUAAUAAUAAUCAACUUUUUACUUUCAAAAAGCAAUUGGUAUCAUUUACACGAAAUCUUUACAAUGGACCUUUCCCAGAUGAAUCCAUGUUUUCCACUGCUUCUGUCCCUAUAGUAACAGGAAAUAUUAUACCCGCAACAACACUUCCAUUAUACAAUAAUCUUACAAAUCUGGUAAGCAUAAUGGUUAGCUCAAGUAGUGUUUAUGGGGCUGUUCCAGAGAGAUAUUGCCAAUUGACCUUCGUGGAUUUAUAUAGUACAAAUAUUAGUUCAAUUCCAGAUUGCUUUAAAUGUUAUUGGGAUAAAUUUGCAGGUAGAAUGCCUACUUAUCUAGGUGCCCCACCACUGGAUUUCAAAUGCAAUAUAUUUUUGGAAAGGAAUGUUUUUCAUUAUCAACCAUCAAUCACAAUAAGAGGAAAAAACUUAGGAUAUACUUCGGAACAGCCAAGUCUUUUUACUAUUCAAGUUCCAAAUGAAAUGAUAGUAUUUACUCCCACAAGCCCAAUUGGAACAUUUGGUCUUAUUUUCAAAACAUAUCAAGGAAGUCAAACUAUACCUAUAUCAAUAAUUACUGGAAAUUAUAUUAAAAAUAUCUCUUAUACACAGCUUCCAAAUAGUUUAACAAUAAUAUUGAGUGGUGUAUUUAACACUUCCUCAAAUAUUAAUGUUACCCUUGAUUCUUAUAGGUAUCAGGUAUUGGGAUUUAAUGAAGAAUCAAUAGAAAUGGCAUACGAUCAUGUGUUUGAUGUCGAUAAAAUAUUGAAUAUUCGAUUCGAUUCUACAUCAGAUGUUUUUAAUCUAACUUUAGAUUAUAAAAAAGUGUAUCCAUUGAUAUCAGCCAUUUCAAAUAUUAAAAGUGAAGGAGGAGUCAUCAGUCUAUUUGGCUAUUUUGGAGACAAUGGACAAAAUAAUAUUUCUGUAUUGAUAAACAACAAUUCAAAUUGCACUGCUAUCUCUCAAUCAAAUUCCACUAUUGUUUGCAAUGCUGAUAAAUUACCUGUUGGUAUAUUACCCCUCAUUCUAAAAGUUGAUGGAUAUUCUUUUUCUACAAAUAUUAAAGUUGGUCAGUAUAAUCCAGAAGAUGUAACGGUUGAUUGUGGUAGUUCUAAACCAUUAUGUAAUGGAAAUGGUGAUUGUAAGGCAACCGGUGUUUGUCAAUGUAAUUCUGGAUUCAAUGGAUAUUAUUGUGAAAAUAAAAUAUUUGAAGGAGGUGUUAUUGGUGAAAAUUUAACAACACCUACACCAACAUUUAGAGCCGAUGGUCAAGAAUUCACAUUCAAUAUGUUAGUAGUCGAAGAAUUAGAUUCAUCAAGAAAAGUUGUAAAAUCGAUUCCCACAAACAAUUGGAAUUUCACCACAACCAAAACAACAACUACAACCAUUUCACAAUAUAGAUUGAUACAUUCGUCGAUAGAAAUGAUCGAAGCAACAAUUCAAUACUCAUCAGAACCAAUGAAUAUAGAAUUUGCAGGAAUGUCUUAUGUUCUUCCACCAUAUUCAAUUAAACUCUCAGUAUCAAUCGAAGGGUGGACCUAUCAAUCGCUUCUCAGCACUUUAAGAGUAGUGUUUUCAACAGCAUUCGAACAACAACAAGAGUGUGGUGGCGAAAAAAAUACAAUUUCAACAAAUCAAAUCGAUAAAUCACUCAAUUAUCUCAAGAUUGUAAAGAAUGGAGUAUCAUUUUACGGUAAAUUUUAUGAUGUCUCACUUUCUGAUGGACAACCAACUUAUUCGUUUGUGGAGAUUGUCAAUGGUGAAGCUAACACUUCAGAUAUUUCAAUUGGAAUCAAUCUAAGUCAAUGUCAGAAGUGUUUAAUAGAUCCAGAUUUCUCAUUGUUGGUCGCCAUUCAAGACAAAUGUGAAGAGAAGAGCAAAACAUGGAUCAUUAUAACUAUUGUGGUUGUAGUUGGAGUUUUUGUUGCAGCACUGCUAGUGGUUGGUGCAAUCUAUAUCAAAAAGCACAAAUCAAGUAUUAAAUUGGCUCAAGAGAUGGUUUUUGAUAAGUUAACAUAA